AACAAGUCAAAAGAUAUUAAUCCGGCCGGCCGUCUCCAGCUCCGAUUUGAUUCAGAAUGGCUACUGGAACAGCUCCCCCAAGAGGAAGUGCAGCAGCAGCUGCAAGCAUGCGUAGGAGAAGAACCGCAAGUAGUGGUGCCUCAGCAGGAGCAGCAGGGACCAUGCUCCAGUUCUACACAGAUGAUAGUCCAGGACUCAAAAUCUCUCCAAAUGUAGUGCUUGUCAUGAGCAUUGGUUUCAUAGCAUUUGUUGCCGUUCUUCAUGUUAUGGGAAAGCUCUAUUUCGUCCGUAGAGAGGCUUGAAAGUGAAUUGACUACAGAAAACAAGGUUCACUCUGUUGAGUUCUUUAUUUUGAGUUGGUGUCCAAGAAUCGUUACAAUGGCUGAGAGCUGAGAUGGUCGUGGUAGAUCUAUUUUAGAGAACUUAGGAUAGUUAUCAUUAAAAUAUUUCAAAUUCCUGUUCCUGUGUUUUCGAGUUCUUUGAUUUUCUGUGAACCUCUUUUGAAAUUCUUAUUUGAGAAAACAUUUUACUGUUACAUUUUUGUAUGCCCAGGGCAGAGCUGGUGGACUUUCACGUUAGAAAAUGGAGGAGACCUGUUGUUUCUUUCCUAGUUCUCCAUUAUUCGGUGGUCAUUUGUUUUCGUC